GCGCGGGGCGGCCGUGAUGCAGCAGCCGCGGCGCCCGAACGAGAUGGGGGCGAGUGAAGCGGCCUAGGCUCCCGGGGCCAGGCAGCGGCGUUGGCGGCGUCCCCGGCACUGCCCCUGGAAGGUCAAGAUGGAAGAGAUCCUGAGGAAGCUGCAGAAGGAAGCGUCCGGGAGCAAGUACAAAGCCAUCAAGGAGAGCUGCACCUGGGCCCUGGAAACCCUGGGCAGUCUGGACACCAUUGUCAAAAUCCCUCCCCACUUGCUGAGAGAGAAGUGCCUGCUGCCUCUCCAGUUGGCUUUGGAAUCCAAGAAUGUGAAGCUGGCUCAACAUGCUUUGGCAGGGAUGCAGAAGCUGCUCUCUGAAGAGAGGUUUGUAUCCAUGGAAACAGACUCUGAUGAGAAGCAGCUGCUCAAUCAGGUCCUGAAUGCUGUGAAAGUGACGCCUUCGCUCAAUGAAGACCUGCAGGUGGAAGUGAUGAAGGUUUUGCUGUGCGUCACCUACACCCCAACAUUUGACCUGAACGGGAGUGCAGUGCUGAAGAUCGCGGAGUUGUGUUUAGCAUGUCGUAAAACUGGAUGUCCACAAAUGCAUGAAAUGAUCAAAAUGUCCAUUAUGACCCUUCUCACUGCUCUGUGUCUGCGUGCAUUCCCUGGCGAUCAGGGGCCUAUGGCUUUUCACAAGGUGUGCAUCGAGACAUACAUGUGUAGCUGUCACCAGCGCAGCAUAAACACUGCAGUGCGGGCCACCCUCAGUCAGAUGCUAAGUGACUUGACCUUACAGCUACGACAGAGGCAGGAGAACACGAUAAUUGAAAACCCAGAGGCACCGCAGGACUUUGGGAGUCAAGGGUCAUCGGUAGAGACCCUCUGUGAUGACGUUGUCUCUGUCCUCUCUGUCCUGUGUGAGAAGCUUCAAGCCUCCAUAAAUGACAGCCAGCAGCUGCAGCUUCUGUACCUGGAGUGCAUUCUGUCCGUGCUCAGCAGCUCCUCCUCCUCCAUGCACCUGCACAGGGGUUUCACCGACCUCAUCUGGAAAAACCUGUGCCCGGCUCUCAUCGUAAUCCUGGGGAACCCCGUUCAUGACAAAACCAUCACCUCUGCUCACAGCAGCAGCGCCAGCGCUAGCGUGGAGUCUGACUCAGCCUCCCCAGGUGUCUCUGACCACGGCCGGGGCUCGGGCUGCUCCUGCACCGCGCCAGCCCUCAGUGGCCCUGUGGCUCGCACCAUCUACUACCUUGCAGCUGAGCUGGUCCGCCUGGUGGGGUCGGUGGACUCCAUGAAGCCCGUGCUGCAGUCCCUCUACCACCGCGUGCUGCUGUACCCCCCACCCCAGCACCGCGUGGAAGCCAUCAAGAUCAUGAAGGAGAUACUUGGGAGCCCACAACGCCUCUGUGACCUAGCAGGGCCCAGCUCCACAGAGCCAGAACCCAGGAAAAGAUCAGUUUCAAAAAGGAAGUCUCACCUGGAUCUUCUCAAACUUAUCAUGGAUGGCAUGACAGAGGCAUGCAUCAAGGGUGGCAUCGAAGCCUGCUACGCUGCCGUGUCCUGUGUGUGCACCUUGCUGGGGGCUCUGGACGAGCUCAGCCAGGGCAAGGGGCUGAGUGACAGCCAGGUGCAGCUGCUACUCCUGCGCCUGGAAGAGCUGAGGGACAGGGAUGGGGCCGAGUCCAGCCGAGACUCCAUGGAGAUCAACGAGGCUGACUUCCGCUGGCAGAGGCGAGUGCUGUCCUCGGAGCACACGCCCUGGGAGGCAGGCAAUGAGAGGAGCCCCGACAUCAGCAUCAGUGUCACCACAGACACCGGCCAGACCACCCUGGAGGGAGAGUUGGGUCAGACAACACCUGAGUACCACACAGAGAACCACAAGAAUGGGCUCAAGUCUCCAGCCAUCCAGGAGGGCAAGGAGACACCAGGCAAAGUGUCAGAGCCCGAGGCCAUAGACCAACCUGAUGUGGUUCAGAGGAGCCACAUGGUCGCUUACCCUGACAUCACCAACUUCCUGUCAGUGGACUGCAGGAUGCGGUCCUACGGCUCCAGGUACAGUGAGAGCAACUUUAGUGUGGAUGACCAGGACCUGUCAAGGACAGAGUUUGAUUCCUGUGAUCAGUACUCAAUGGCAGCAGAAAAGGACUCGGGCAGAUCAGACGUGUCGGACAUUGGGUCGGACAACUGUUCACUGGCUGAUGAGGAGCAGACCCCUCGGGACUGCCUGGGCCACCGGUCCUUGAGGACAGCUGCUCUGUCUCUCAAGCUGCUGAAGAACCAGGAGGCCGACCAGCACAGCGCCCGGCUGUUCAUGCAGGCCCUGGAGAGCCUCCUGCCUCAGCUGCUGGCACUCUCCAGCGUGGAGGAGGUGGACACAGCCCUCCAGAACUUUGCCUCUACUUUCUGCUCAGGCAUGAUGCACUCGCCCGGCUUUGACGGGAACAGCAGCCUGAGCUUCCAGAUGCUGAUGAACGCCGACAGCCUGUACACGGCGGCGCACUGCGCCCUGCUGCUCAACCUGAAGCUGUCGCACAGUGACUACUACCGGAAGCGGCCCGCCCUGGCGCCGGGCGCCAUGAAGGAGUUCAUGAAGCAGGUGCAGACCAGCGGUGUGCUGAUGGUCUUCUCCCAGGCCUGGAUCGAGGAGCUGUACCACCAGGUGCUGGACAGAAACAUGCUGGGAGAAGCUGGCUACUGGGGCAGCCCAGAGGACAACAGCCUGCCACUCAUCACCAUGCUGACCGAUAUUGAUGGCUUAGAGAGCAGCGCAAUUGGUGGCCAGUUGAUGGCCUCAGCUUCUACAGAAUCUCCUUUUACCCAGAGCAGGAGAAUUGACGACUCCACGGUGGCGGGUGUGGCCUUUGCUCGCUACAUUCUGGUCGGCUGCUGGAAGAAUCUGAUCGACACUCUGUCCACCCCCCUGACUGGCCGCAUGGCAGGGAGCUCCAAAGGGCUAGCUUUCAUCCUGGGAGCUGAGGGCAUCAAAGAGCAGAACCAGAAGGAGCGCGACGCCAUCUGCAUGAGCCUCGACGGGCUGCGGAAAGCUGCCAGGCUGAGCUGUGCACUAGGGGUUGCUGCUAACUGCGCCUCAGCCCUCGCCCAGAUGGCGGCUGCCUCCUGUGUCCAGGAAGAGAAAGAGGAAAGGGAAGUGCAAGAACCCAGCGAUGCCAUAGCACAAGUGAAACUAAAAGUGGAGCAGAAACUGGAGCAGAUGGGGAAGGUGCAGGGGGUAUGGCUGCACACGGCCCACGUCUUAUGCAUGGAUGCCAUCCUCAGCGUAGGCCUGGAGAUGGGAAGCCACAACCCGGACUGCUGGCCACACGUGUUCAGGGUGUGUGAGUACGUGGGCACCUUGGAGCACACCCACUUCAGUGACGGAGCCUCACAGCCGCCUCUGGCCAUCAGCCAGCCCCAGAAGGCGCCCGGGGCUUCUGGGAUCCUUGGGGACCUGGAGUGCGAGGGCGAAUCCCAGGAGCCCAGCGUGGAGCAGGGGCCCUCCCUGAGCACAGCCCCCAUGGUCCAGCCUCUGUCCAUCCAAGAGCUCGUUCGGGAAGGCAGCCGGGGCCGGGCCUCCGACUUCCGCAGCGGCAGCCUCAUGAGUGCGACCAGCGCCGCCAAGGUGGUGCUGAGCCUGUCCACCCAGGCUGACAGGCUCUUUGAAGAUGCUACAGAUAGGCUGAACCUCAUGGCUCUGGGAGGCUUCCUUUACCAGCUGAAGAAAGCGUCGCAGUCCCAACUUUUCCAUUCUGUUACGGAUACAGUUGAUUACUCUCUGGCGAUGCCAGGAGAAGUUAAAUCCACCCAGGACCGAAAAAGCGCCCUGCAUCUGUUCCGCCUGGGGGACGCCAUGCUGAGGAUUGUGCGGAGCAAAGCCCGGCCCCUGCUGCAUGUGAUGCGCUGCUGGAGCCUGGUGGCCCCGCACCUGGUGGAGGCUGCCUGCCACAAGGAAAGACAUGUGUCUCAGAAGGCUGUGUCCUUCAUCCACGACAUCCUGACAGAGGUUCUCACCGACUGGAAUGAGCCGCCUCAUUUUCACUUUAACGAAGCACUCUUCCGACCUUUCGAGCGUAUCAUGCAGCUGGAGUUAUGUGAUGAAGAUGUCCAAGACCAGGUGGUGACAUCCAUCGGGGAGCUGGUGGAGGUGUGUUCCACGCAGAUCCAGUCGGGCUGGAGGCCGCUGUUCAGUGCCCUGGAGACUGUGCACGGCGGGGGCAAGGCUGAGGUGAAGGAGUACCUCAUGGGGGACUACACCAUGGGAAAAGGCCAAGCUCCCGUCUUCGAUGUGUUUGAAGCUUUUCUCAAUACCGACAACAUCCAGGUCUUUGCUAAUGCAGCCACCAGUUACAUCAUGUGCCUUAUGAAGUUUGUCAAAGGACUUGGGGAGGUGGACUGUAAAGAAAUCGGAGACUGCGUCCCAGGACCAGGAGCCGCGUCCACAGACCUGUGCCUGCCCGCCCUGGAUUACCUCAGGCGCUGUUCACAGUUAUUGGCCAAGAUCUACAAAAUGCCCUUGAAGCCAAUAUUCCUUAGUGGACGACUUGCCAGCUUGCCUCGAAGGCUUCAGGAGCAGUCGGCGAGCAGUGAGGAUGGGAUCGAAUCAGUCCUGGCUGAUUUUGAUGAUGACACCGGUCUGAUAGAAGUCUGGAUCAUCCUGUUGGAGCAGCUGACAGCAGCUGUGUCCAACUGUCCACGUCAGCACCAGCCGCCGACCUUGGAUCUACUCUUUGAGCUGCUGCGAGAUGUUACCAAAACACCCGGACCAGGGUUUGGAAUCUAUGCAGUUGUUCACCUUCUCCUUCCUGUGAUGUCCCUGUGGCUCCGCCGUAGCCAUAAAGACCAUUCCUACUGGGAUGUGGCCUCUGCCAACUUCAAGCAUGCCAUCGGCCUGUCGUGUGAGCUGGUGGUGGAGCACAUCCAGAGCUUCCUGCACUCAGACAUCAGGUACGAGAGCAUGAUCAACACCAUGCUGAAGGACCUCUUUGAGUUGCUGGUGGCCUGUGUGGCCAAGCCCACAGAGACCAUCUCCAGAGUGGGCUGUUCCUGCAUUAGGUACGUGCUGGUGACAGCGGGGCCCAUGUUCACUGAGGAAAUGUGGCGGCUUGCCUGCUGUGCCCUGCAGGAAGCCUUCUCCGCCACACUCAAACCAGUGAAGGACUUGCUGGGCUGCUUCCACAGUGGCACCGAGAGCUUCAGCGGGGAAGGCUGCCAGGUGCGGGUGGCGGCCCCAUCCUCCUCCCCCAGUGCCGAGGCCGAGUACUGGCGCGUCAGAGCCAUGGCCCAGCAGGUGUUCAUGUUGGACACCCAGUGCUCGCCCAAGACUCCAAACAACUUUGACCACGCCCAGUCCUGCCAGCUCAUCAUCGAGCUGCCUCCCGACGAGAAACCGAACGGACACAGCAAGAAGAGCGUGUCUUUCAGGGAAAUCGUGGUGAGCUUGUUGUCGCAUCAGGUGCUGCUCCAGAACCUGUACGACAUCCUGCUGGAAGAGUUCGUCAAAGGCCCCUCUCCUGGAGAGGAGAAGACGGUGCAGGUGCCAGAUGCCAAGCUGGCUGGCUUCCUCAGGUACAUCUCCAUGCAGAACUUGGCGGUCAUCUUUGACCUGCUGCUGGACUCGUACCGGACGGCCAGAGAGUUUGACACCAGCCCAGGGCUGAAAUGCCUGCUGAAGAAGGUGUCGGGCAUCGGGGGCACCGCCAACCUCUACCGCCAGUCUGCCAUGAGCUUCAACAUUUACUUCCAUGCACUGGUUUGCGCCGUGCUCACCAACCAAGAAGCCAUCACUGCUGAGCAAGUGAAGAAGGUCCUUUUUGAGGAUGAUGAGAGAAGCACAGAUUCCUCCCAGCAGUGCUCAUCAGAGGAUGAAGACAUCUUUGAGGAGACGGCCCAGGUGAGCCCCCCACGAGGCAAGGAGAAGAGGCAGUGGAGGGCGCGGAUGCCCUCGCUCAGCGCGCAGCCCGUCAGCAACGCCGACUGGGUGUGGCUGGUCAAGCGGCUGCACAAACUGUGCAUGGAGCUGUGCAACAACUACAUCCAGAUGCACCUGGACCUGGAGAGCGGCGUGGAGGAGCCGCCGGUCCUCAGGAGCGACCCGUUCUUCAUCCUCCCCUCCUUCCAGUCCGAGUCGUCCACCCCGUCCACUGGUGGCUUCUCUGGGAAAGAUACACCUUCCGAGGACGACCGGAGUCAGGGCCGAGAGCACCUGGGCGAGUGUCUGGGCCUGCGGGUGGGCAGCGGGGAUGUGCUGAUGCUGCCCCCCAGCCCCAAGGUGGAGAGGAAGGAUGCCAGCCGGAAGAAAGAGUGGUGGGAGAAUGCGGGCAACAAGAUCUACACCAUGGCGGCUGACAAGACCAUCACAAAGCUGAUGACUGAGUAUAAAAAGAGGAAGCAGCAGCACAACCUGCCCACCUUCCCCAAGGAGGUUAAAGUGGAUAAGAAGGGCGAGCCACUAGGGCCUAGGGGGCCGGACUCCCCGCUGCUUCAGCGUCCCCAGCACCUGAUAGACCAGGGGCAAAUGCGCCACUCCUUCAGUGCUGGCCCCGAGCUGCUGCGACAGGACAAGAGGCCACGCUCAGGCUCCACGGGGAGCUCUCUGAGUGUCUCCGUGAGGGAUGCUGAAGCACAGAUUCAGGCAUGGACCAACAUGGUGCUAACAGUCCUCAACCAGAUUCAGAUCCUCCCAGAUCAGACCUUCACGGCCCUCCAGCCUGCAGUGUUCCCAUGCAUCAGCCAGCUGACCUGUCACGUGACUGACAUCAGAGUUCGCCAGGCCGUGCGAGAAUGGUUGGGCAGAGUGGGCCGUGUCUAUGACAUCAUUGUGUAGAAGACUUGAGUUCCAUCUCCAAGGAUGUACAAUAGCAAGGUUAGAGUCUGCCCGCUAAUCUAACUGAUAGCAUUUUCCCCACCACCAGCUCCGUGUAAAGUAGGUCUCAGAGAGCAGUGUUCCCUAAGGUAAAAAAGCCUUUCCAACCACUCCCUAAUGAAUCAGCCUUGGGCCAUCCUGGAUACCAAGGUGGCAUCUGGAUGACACAAGUGAUCUUCUGAUUUUGCACACUAUUACAGAAGAUUCUAUGUUCUUUGAUAUAUUUCUAAAUCUUGUUUAUUUCCAAGUGCUUUUGCUUGCCCUGUUGUACCGAAAUGGAUCAUUUUCAAAGACCAUGCCUUUGAAAACACUACAUAGAUCCAUUGGAGUCAUCAUUUUAAAAGUAAAUGCAAUUCCUAAGGAACUAAUUGCUGGUAAGUCAAGCUGAUGUAUAAAUACUCAUAUCUCGUACCAAACAUUAUUAAUUAGAAGGAAGUUUAUAUUAUGAUUAUGGAUUUGGCUGGGAAGAAAAUAGCUACAAAAAGGUAUUUUUCAGUGCCACAAUCAAGAAAGAGAUGAUUUCUGCUGUGAAAUAUUCCAGAGCAUUUCAACAUUAUUCCUAAAUUGUUAAGAUUUUCAGGUUACUAUUCGCUAGCUUCCCCUGUGUAAGGUACUGUUGUGCCUUUAUUUCUGCUUCUAAAGAAAGAAAUUCUUUCCUAGCAGGAUUGUAAGUCUGCUUUGGCAGCCUUUAACAUGAAGGAUCCCGUGGUACUGGCUGAUGCAUCUAUUGUUAAGAGACAACAAGGAAAGGAAAGAAAAUGGUGCCUUAGUCCUUUGUUGCGCAGACAUUUCUAUGCCCCACGACUAUCUGAACUUAAGGUAUAACACUCGGUUUUUAGGAGAACCAAAUAUUAAGAUGGUACUCAUUUUAUAUCAGUAUGCUUGGAGGAAAGGCACUCAAAGUCCUCCAUCCAGUGAGCAGACUUCUCAGGGAAGCGGGCAGGCAGUGUGGGAUAGGGAGACAGCUGGAAGGGGUGGGAAAGGGGAUUGUCAUGAAACACGAUGCAACAAACAUGAAAUCAGAAACAAGUUCUAAUCUCAGAAGAAAACAAGACUAAAGAACAGAGACAAUGAGUUUUAGAAAAUUAUUUUUUGCUAUUUCAAAUAUGUCUCUUUAUGUUUAAAGUCCUUUUAUUUGGACCAGUAUUUUUAAGUGGAUAUAUCUUUCCCUAUUAUAAAAUGAAUUUGAAACCUUUCUUUUCUUAUACUAUGUGUGUAUAUGCAGACACACACUUUUUUGUAUCAGGCUGGGGAUUGAACCCAAGGCCUCACUCAGGCUAAGCACACAGUCUACCACUGAGCUACAUCCCCAGUUCUUACUAUAAUGUAUUUUAUAUUUCUUACAUUAUAAUAAUGAUUGGGCCUUCUCAGGCAAGCCCAUUUAUAUACAUUCUAGGAAAUAGAGUAGUUGCUAAAGCAUACAUGGUAAUUUCCCAGCACCUACAAAUGUCAUCCUUUAAAAAUAAAAACAAAACAUCAGUUCUUCAGUAUUGAAACAAGGCUUUGAAAUAGAUUAAGCUUUAUCCAGUGAUAGUAUUCAUAAACUUAGCCCUACUUGAGAACUGUGUAGCUAUCAGCAAAGUUAGAGCAGGGCAAGCUUCUCUAAGUUGAUCAAAAAGAAAAUCUUAUUUUUGGGGGGGAGUACCGGGGAUCGAACUCGGGACCUUGCGCUUGUGAGGCAGGCAGCGGAACCACUGAGCUAAAUCCCCGGCCCAAGAAAAUCUUAUUUACUACACUUCUAGAAACACCCCCAAAUCCAGAGAUUUUUCUAGUCCCAUAAAUCAUUCUCUUUGCCUUCAGUUUUUUCUCAUUAGACAGUAAUUCACAUUUACAAACAGAUCAACUGUUUUUAAUAGAAAAUACAUUAAUGAGAUAUUAAAGAGCUGUGUUCUUAUAUAUAACUUUUGAAUUUGUGUACUUUGUGAAACUCAAAGGAGUACACCAUGGUUGUUUUGUUUCUUUUUAGCUUCUCUGAAGCCCAGGCACUCCACAGUUUAUGGGUGGGGGUCAACAAACCAGAGUACAGAAGUAGAGUACUUACAAAAUUCUUAUACGUAGCAACCUUUCAUAAAGUAUACAAAUCCAAAGGAACCCAGUCUCAGGGUAUAGGUUUCAGUUCAUUGUGCAGAAAUGAGAAUUCAUUCUCCCACAUAGUCUCUGUCAUGGACUCUAAAACUAGCUAAUGCACAUCAGUUUCUCCAUGGUAUGUCCAAACUCUGUUCUGUACUCGCCCGGUUACAGGCCCCGAGGAUAAAAAGAUGAAGACAUGUACCCAGAUCCCGACCUACAGUUUUGUAAAAGGUUUUGGGUGCCUUCCCAUCUUGUUGACAGCCCACUCAUUACGAGUCCCACAGCACUCUGAUGCCCACCUCCAUGCCUAAUGACCUCUGAGCUCCACCCCUACCCGAUGUCCAUGUCCAUGUCCAUAUCCAGAUUCACCUGGUAAAGUAGUUAAAUCACGGCCACACCUUCCUGGGAUAUUUGCAGUUUUCAAAAAAGACAUUGCUUGAUGCAAAGGAGUCUGUAAAGAGUAGGCCGUAAAGCCGGGCAUAGUGUUGCUUGCCUGUAAUCCCAGCACUCUGGGAGGCCAAGGCAAGAGGCUUCCGAGUCUGAGGCCAGCCUAGGCAAUUUAGCAAGAAAAUGCCCCCAAAUUUAAAAAAAAAAAAAAAAGGCUGGGGAUAUAGCUUGGUGCAAAGACCCUGGGUUCAAUCCCCAUAACUGGAAAAAAUAGAAAGAGUGGGACUUCCACUGACUCUUUAGGGGAAAGGGUGGUAAUUUGUAACAUGUGGUAGACAGUGUCCCCUCCAAGUGUGAAAGUCCUCCACACUGUAUUUUGGUAAAAUAUGCUUCAUACAACAAGCAUGAAAGCUCCGAGUGUAAGACUCCCUGCCUGAGCAGCCCAGCCAAGGCCAUGCACUCUUGGCAGAGCUCUCCCUGCCAUGAGGAAGGGUGCAGGUUUGGACAGUGGAGGGCUAAGAAAUUCUUCACGGAGCUUUGCCUGGCUUCUUUGUCUCCCAGUUGGCUUUUAAAGCUGAUCGGGCUGCCUCUGCACACCGUCUUACUAUCCUUCUCCCUUCUUACGUUUUAGCCUUCUGCACAGACAGAACGAGAACAUCUUUUCCCAAUUUUAGGCUAUUUAAUGAUGACCAAUAAGGACCCAGGCAGAUGCUAACAUGUAAAACAGCUCAGAUUAAAGUAUUUUAAGUCAAACGUGACAAUAAUAUUAAUCCAAUUCAAAAGUACCUUUGACUCGAGACAUGCUGGUGUGAUGACUGCCAGACUUUCCGUCCUUGGUGUCCUUAGAAGGCGUACACAGAGUCACGGGAGGGAGUGAAACUGCCUUUACUGUGGGAAGGCAGUGCAGCUACAUAACAGACAUCUCGGCCUCCCCAGCCCACCACAGUACUGCUUACAUUGAGGAACAUUUUCUUUCUCGGGAAGGAAAAUUCAGCAAGGUCACUCCCAUCAAAGCAGAAUGAAGACCUGAUAACAGCAAGCUGUGACAAACAGCGUGUCCCGAAGUGUAGACCCUCACCUAUAUCAUAUUUAGUUUUUACAGUGACUUUGGGAAACACCUCUCGUGUUUCUCAUUUUUUCAGAUGAGAACACAGACCCGGAGAGGUUCAGGCAUUUGCCUAAGAUCACAAGUAAAAGGCAAAGCUGGUUGCACAAGAAGUGUUGCUGGACCAAAGGCAAGACUUUCUCUAACCCAAGAUCUAAGUGCACAGAGUAUGAAUGUAAGAGAAAGAAUCUCUCAAGGAAGUAGACAGUGAAAAUAACAUUUGCUUGAUCUGAGUUAUGUGGAGUUUUUAAAAAAUAAGAUUAAAAAUGUAUCUGCACAUAGAAAGUCAUAUACAACACAUUCUCAGUAUUUGAAAAUAAAGGACAUUAAAAUCUAAAUUUUAACCAUAAGGGAAGCAUUUAGUGUUACUUUAGAAAAUUCACUGAUGACAGAAUACUACUAUUCAUGGCCAGCUAUGAAUGCAGAAAAACAGGGCAGUCUGUGUCUGGAAUGGCAUGCAUAAUUUGUAAACCUUUCCAAACACUAAUAAAACAUUAAUCAACUCAGAAUGCAGUGCUCUGUACCCAACAGUGCCUCUUUACUUGCUUCUCUGGGAAGUGCUAAAUUUGUAGGUCAUCAUCAAAGUUUGGGGAUAUGCAAUAUAAAUAACCAUUUUUUUCAAAAUGCACAUUCUGUGGAGAGGAAGUGACAAGGUGGUCAAGAUUGUUUCAAGAUCCAGGUACUGACGGCAUCAGGACAAUAUCCAUAGCACCCAUGUGCCAUAAUACUGCAACAUUUCCAGAGGCUCUGCACACAAGGAAACCAACCCCCGAGUCCCGCAGUGACUGCAGACAAACCUUACAUGUGCUUGGGUACCACUUGGGUCAGCCCAGCAAGAUCUCAUGUGGCCUUAGAGAAGCAAAAAGAACAUUUUCCAGCACUUUUUAUUGAAAACAUAAUCUUGAUAUUGGGAAGGAUUUAUAAUGUUAAAAACUUGAUUUGUGCACUGGGAAUGUAGCUCAUUAUCACUGAGUACUUGCCUAACAUGCAUGAGGCCCUGGGUUCAAUCCCCAGUACUGCAAAAAGAAAAAAAAGAUUUAUAAUUAUAUCAUCUCAAAAGAAAACUGUUCUCUUUAUUCACUAGUGGAGCAAUCUAGAAAAAUCCAUUUGUUUGGGAGCUCACCUUCCUCUGGCCAUAGUAUAGUGUUUGUGCUUAAUGUAGAUGUAACUAAUAACCACAUUAAGAUUUUGGAAUAGAAUACCAUUUAAAUUUCCAAAACAUAAAUAUAUUACUUUAGGGAAGACAAAUAAAAACCACCCCAUGAUUGUCUAGAAGAAAAUUCAGUUGAGAAUAUUGCUCAAAAUCUUUACAAACAGUAUCACUGCUUAUAAAUUGAAGAUAAACCACUACCACACCACGAGCACCCUACAAAACCUUUUCCCUAUAUCUUUGUGUAGUAAUGUAAAGUUUCCAGGGACCAGCUGACCAUCUUAGUGACAAAAGUGCGCUCAACUCCUGGUGGGUCCCACUCAUCCUCCUUUCAACCACAAAAAUCAAUUGCACUGUUAGUUCUUGUCCUGUUAGUUUAACCAGUGGUUGUCUAGUUUCUUUGGUCUUAAAACAGUGGAUUCUUAAAACAGUGGAUUCUCAAGCUUUAGCACGUAUCAGAAUCACCUGGGGUGGGGGUAUUAAAACAGACUGCUGGGGUCAUGCCCAGGGUUUCUGAUUUUAUAGACCUGGAAAUUUGCAUUUUUAACAAGUUUUCAGAUGAGGCCAGUGCUGCUGCUGUGGAAAUCAGUCUUUGAGAACCACUCCCUUUGAAAAAUGUCCAGCUUCUACCUUUCAGAUCAGCCUGACUUAUCAAGCACUAGAGAAAAACUGAACUUGCCCUGGGGCAGACAAUUUGAGAUUGGAUUACCUGUAACAUUCCUGUUCGAUCUUCCCAGUGUCCAGUUUUAUUGUAUAAACGAUGGGUUUUUACAUGCUAGAAGACAAUGAAUGUAUAAGUUCUAUGGAACAGUGAGAUAAGUCUAAGCUUCUCGUCUUUGUAUUUAGAAACAUUGAUUCUAUAAAUGAUUGUAUCAUGUUGACCCUUUGACUUGUACCGAAGGUGAUUUUAAAUUAGGUAUGUAGUGUUUGCAUUUCUUUCCAUAUAGUUUUAAUGAGACACUUCAUGUUGGCUCCAUUCAGCCUUGGCUCCUGGCUUACUACAAAGGUUUUUGAGUAGUUGCUUGCUUGCCAGCUGUUGUUCAUCUCACAUUGGUCACUGAAAUAUCAGCAUUUCAAGACAUUAUGACACUACUUGCUGUACUUUCAUCUUUCACUUAACUGUCUGGUGUAAAUUAGUGUUUUACUUUCACAUAUAUCUGUAAAGAGUCUACCAAAUGGCUUCAUGGAAAUUUGCAAAAUGAACCAACUCCCUUUUGAGUAGUAGAUAUGCCUGUUUUGACUUUUUGGUAAACAUGUUGUAUUUGUGCACAAAUAUGCACAAUGGAGACUAUAUUUAUUCUCUCAUCUUCCAAAUGAUGGGGAAAAUGCAAAAGUGAAUCGAUGUACUUUUGGAAAACAGUGAGAUUCUAUUAACUCAAGUACAGAUGGGGCCUUAGUUUAUCUUUUAACUCUUUAUUCAAUUAAUUAGCUCUGGAAAUUAUCUUUCCAUUAAAAAAUAAGGACCACAGCAGGAUUUAUUCAAGAGGAAAAAAAAAAGUUUCUUUAAAUCAUCACCUACUUAUAAACUAUAUUAAUCACAUAUAAUUCUUAUUGACUCUAUCAAUAAAGUUUUUCUAAAGAUUUCUGCUUAGUAAAUAGCCUGAUCUCAUUUAAGUUAGCUUAGACUACUGUAUAAAUAGAAUGUAAUAAUUUUAGGCACUAGAAUUAGUGAGUUCAGAAAGCAUAUUAGUGUUAAUGGUAUCAAGGAUUCAAGUCCUUGCCUGUAUGAAUGGAAGUAAUUGAAGAUAUUUUUCGUUCCCAUGCGUCUCAUAAUCCUUUUUAAAUGAUGGCUCUAGUUCUUUUAAUAACUGGUUCUAAGAUUAAAUUUUUAAAAAUCAAUCUCUAGGAAUAGUUUAUUUUCAAAGUGUUUUACCAAUUGGUGCCAAAAAGGCAAGGGUGGAAUGUAAAAGCCAGUCUUUCGAACUAACAUGUAAAAUGUUAGUUUUUCUCUUAAAGUGAGGGAGGCCCAGCCCCCAUACUGCCGGCCCCUAGGGAUCAUCUACGGCUACCUCAUGAUCACAUGCGAGCUACUUGGUUUUGCUCUCUCUGUAGUGCUUUCAUCUGGUUCUUGUUGGAAGUGCUUCUGAUUAAAAACUGGUUUCCCACUAAGCAGGCAAAACUGGAGAAGAUGACUGCUUCUGGUCGUUCUGGUUUUGCUUCCAUUGAAACCAGGUGGUAGAAUAUCCAGGUAUGGCAUGAUGGGGCAGGAGGAGGUGCCUCGAGGGAAAGGUUAUCUUUGUUUCUUGGUUUACGUUGGGGGGGAGCUACAAAGAAUAUGUUCAUUGCCCUAAUCAUGCCAAAAGACCAUUAUUCGAGAUGCUUCUCCUGCUUUUCUAAGAGGAAUAAACUGAAAUUACAUCCUAAACAGUCCCCUACUCCCAUCUCACAUUCUAGACAAAGCCAGUGGGUGGUAUGGGUCCUUUUAUCCUUUCUUGUAUUAUACCAAAGAAUUAACUUCUUUUCAUUAAAAAUUAUCAGUGAAGCUUGGUACAGCUAUAAUGAUUUGCAUCCGUAUACCAUUUUACAUAUAAAAUGCAAAAUUCACCCUUGCAACCCCAUUCACCAGGAGCCUUGAAGCAUUGUUUACUCCAAAGGCCUUGUCAAGGAAGUAUAAUUUUUGUUUUGCCUUCUUAGUUUGGUCACAUUUACAUACAAAACCAACCCCUGAAAACUACCCUUCUUUAUAUGUUGAUAUAACUGUUUGAUUUGAUAUAAUCUGUCUGUUCAUUGUUUACUAGGUCUCUGUAAGCAAGCCUGCAAGUGUAUUUUGUGUAUAUUUUAUCUGAGGUGAAAAAUGAAGAUUCUAAAGAGAAAAUAUUUUAAAAGAUACUGUAUUUAUGUUGCUUGUGUUGUAGAAUAAAGAUUCAAAUGCAUUAAAAAUCUGA